AUGAGUAAUAAAAGCUAUUACGCUAAAACUGAUUUUGGUCCACCUCCUCCAAAUUACGUAGCAGGUUUGGCAAGAGGUGCAGUAGGUUUUAUCACUCGUUCAGAUAUUGGUCCUGCAAAUUAUAGUUCUUAUGAUUCCUGGAGUGGUUAUCAGGAAAAUAUAUUUGCUAAUGAUAAAUAAGAUGAUGAAGAUAGACAAGCAGAAGAAGAAUACAACAAAAUUGAUAAUUUUAUGGCAGGUCGUCGUAUUAAAUACAUAGAAAAAAAAUAGUAAGAGGAAGCCAAAAAAAAUUUAGAAAAGAACCCAUCUGUAGCAUUUUAAUUCGCAGAUCUUAAGCGUGAUUUGGGUGGUAUUACUUAUGAUGAAUGGAAUGCUAUUCCUGAAGUCUAAGACUACACUAUUAAAAAGAGUAAAAAUGAAAAAUACACUCCUGUUCCAGACCAUAUUAUUUAGAGCGCAAGAUCGGAAGGUUCAUUUAGCACUUCUUUAGAUGUAACUGGUCUCCAAACUCCUCAUAACAUCAACGAUAUUGGUAAAGCCAACUAGACUAUUUUUACUUCAAGAUUGGAUAAAUCUUCAGAUCAAGUUAGUGGUAUUUCUACAGUUGAUAAGUCAGGUUACUUAACUAGUUUAAAUUCAUAACUUGUGAAUUCUUCAGCAGAUAUUGGUGAUUUUAAACGUGCUCGUAAUUUGAUGAAGAGUUUUGUUAAAACUGAUCCGAAAAAUCCAGUUGGUUGGAUCAGUGUUGCUCGUGUUGAAGAGUUAGAUGGUAAAAUUUAGGAAGCUCGUAAUGUUCUUUAUUAGGGCUUACCACACUGUGAGACAUCUGAUGAAAUAUGGGUAGAAAUAGCUCGUUUAGAAACUCCUGAAAAAGCUCGUGCUCUGCUUGCUAAAGCAGCUACUAUACUUCCUAAGAGCUUAAAAAUUUGGUUAGCAGCUGCAGAUUUAGAAAGUAAUCGUGAGAUGAAGGUUAAAAUUUUAAAGAAAGCACUUGAACAUAUCCCUGAUUAACCAAGACUUUGGAAGAAGCUUAUUGAAUACGAAGAAAGCUAAAAGGAAGCAAAAAUUCUUCUUUAUAAGGCUGUAGAAUGUAUUCCUGAUGACUUAGAUAUGUGGUUAGCUCUUGCUAAACUGGAAACAUACGAAAAUGCAAAAGCUGUUUUAAAUAAGGCACGUAAAAUUCACCCUUAAGAAUUGUCAAUUUGGGUUAACGCUGCUAAAUUAGAAGAAUCUCAAGGAUAACCUUAGGAAACUAUCACAAAGGUGUUAUAAAAUGCAAUCAAAUAUUUUUCAAGCAAAAAUAUCAAUAUUGUAAAAGAAGACUGGCUAAAAGAAGCAGCAUACUGUGAAAAAUCAGGAAAUUUAAAUACUUGUAUAGCUAUUGUUUAAGCUAUCGUUCUUCAUAACGUUCAUGAUAAAUCUGAUAAAGAACGUAUCAUUAAGGAAGAAGCAAAGAAUAUGAUUGAAGGAACUUGUAUUGGAACAGGACGUGCCAUUUAUGAAUUUGGUAUUGAAGCACUCAAACCUGACAAUAUUGACCUUUUUCAAGCAACAAUCGACUUUGAAUAGAAUACAGGAAAAGAUAAAGAUAAUCUAAAACGCUUGUACAAGGAAGCUACAACUCAGCAUCCUAAAUAUGAGAGUUUUUGGAUUUAAAGAAUCAAGUUCCAUUGGUAAGAAGCCAACAAAGUCAUAGAGUAGGCAUAAUUAUAAAAUCACAGCGAAAAAAAUAUUGAAACUCCAUCUACAGUAGAUGAAGAAGCUCAAAUGAAUUAAUAAAUUACUGCACAAAAGGCAGAAAUAUAAAAAUUGCUCUAAGAAUCAUAAGAAAAUUUACCUGAAAGCUAACAAAUCCUUGUCUUAUCUAUUAAAUAUCUUAAGAAGAAUGAAGAGAUAGAUCAAGCAAGGGAAUUAGUUUACAAAGCAAGAAAAAAUAACCCAACACACUAAGUUUACCUUAGUCUACUUAAAUUGGAAUAUUAAACAGGUGCUUUACAAAAGGCUUUCUAAGAAUCUUAAAAUGCAAUGGGAGCAUUCCCAAAUUGUGAAAAGAUAUUUAUCUUAUCUGCUAAAAUAGCUUAUGCUCAUAAAUCAAUUGAAUAAGCUCGUUAAGUCUAUGAAAAAGGGCUACGUUUUAAUCCCAUGAGUGUUAGUUUGAUUCAAAAGUAUGUAGAACUGGAAAUAAAUCAUAAAUACUUUGCUCGUGCUCGUCCUGUUCUUGAAAAAUUCCGUGUUAAGCUCCCCAAAAAUCCCGAACUUUGGUGCACUGCAGUAUAAUUAGAAAUAGAAGCUGAAAAUAAAAAAGGAGCUAGAUAUAUGCUAGCCCGUGCUUUAAAGGAGUGUCCUGAUUAUACUCAAUUAUGGUCUUAUGCUAUCGAAUUAGAGCCUAAGGCUACUCGUAAGAAAAAAACUUCUGAAGCCUUGGAAAAAUGUAGAUAAGAUCCAUAUGUGAACGUUUCUGUUGCCAAAUUAUUUUGGAAAGAACGUAAAAUGGAUAAAGCACGUAAAUGGAUUGAGAAAUCAACCUUUGAAAGACCUGAAAUAAUGGAUUCGUGGGCUGCUCUCUAUCUUUUAGUAUUAGAAACUGAAGGCCGUUAAUAAGCAGAUGAAGUCUUAAUUAAGGUUAAGCAAUUAGAUGUCCAUAGAGAAGGUCGUUUAUACUAAAAGAUAAAAAAAUCAGAUGACGGAUGGAGAUAUAGCUUCGAUUAAAUAUUUAUAAAAAUAACAGAUCAAAUAAAAAAAGAACUAAGUAAUAUAGAGUGA